CCAACCGAACACUCUCAAUAGUUGAUUGCUUGCAGCUCAGUUUGCCUCCGAAGAGAAAAUGGAAGCGAUGGCUUCGUGCACGUCCGGUGCGCCGCGUUUUUCGUUCACAUGUCGCCCGAAGACCCAUGCUCGCGUUCCUUUUGUAUUUAUUUCCUCUUAUUCUUCUUCUUCCCCCAGUCUCAAAGCGAUAUCAUAUUCCAAUGCUCGCCACCGUAAUAUUCUUUCUGCGAGGGCUCACGUGGUUACCGAGGAGAAAUCCACAUCGCAGGACCGAAUGCUGGUCUUUGUCCCUCCGCAUCCAUUGAUCAAGCAUUGGGUUUCAGUUCUAAGGAAUGUACAGACUCCUUGUCCAAUAUUUAGGAAUGCAAUGGCUGAGUUGGGGAGGCUACUUUUGUAUGAAGCUUCGAGGGAUUGGUUGCCUACGGUCAAUGGGGAAAUUCAGUCACCAAUGGGUGUUGCCUCAGUUGAGUUCAUAGAUCCAAGGGAGCCAAUGGUGGUAGUUCCAAUCCUAAGAGCUGGUCUAACUCUUGCAGAACACGCAUCUUCUAUAUUGCCAGCAACAAAAACAUACCACCUGGGGUUAAGCAGAGAUGAAGAGACACUUCAGCCUUCAGUAUAUCUGAACAAGUUACCUGACAAAUUUCCUGAAGGGUCUCGAGUAUUUGUAAUUGAUCCCAUGCUGGCAACAGGCGGCACAAUUGUAGCAGCUCUCAACCUCUUAAAGGAGCGUGGGAUUGAUAACAACCAAAUUAAAGUGAUUUCGGCUGUUACCGCCCCUCCAGCUCUUCAAAAGCUCAGUGAGAACUUCCCUGGGCUUCAUGUAUACACUGGAAUCAUUGAUCCCACAGUCGAUGACAAAGGGUUCAUAAUUCCAGGACUUGGAGAUGUUGGAGGCCGUAGCUUCGGUACUUGAAUACACCCAAAUGUCUAUCCAGCCAAGUCUUGUAACCCCGUGCAAUUUUGACAUAUUGGACAAUUACUAAAAUCUUGCUGAGCUUUUAUGUUUGAUCAGCGAACUUACUUUACAAAUUUAAUUAAUUCUUGUGCAAAUUAAUGAAUCCGCGAGAGCAAUAAAGUGUAGUAAUAUUUCUGCAUUU